AUGGCAUCUAGAGACGUUCAAAGGACACCAUGGUUAUCUCAUGCAGAUUUACUCGAUCAUAUCACUAUCCUCAAUGCCUUUCAUCACCUUCGUACUAUUCGACCUGAACCCGAGUUCUUACAUAUGGCUAUCUUUCGAUUCGAACUUUGGAUCGGGAGACUUCAACCUAUCACCAUUGAUCUUGAUACUAUUCCACCACUUGAUGUUUUGAUGGUUUGGCAUGCUUAUUGUUUAGGAUCAAGAUGGAUGUAUGAAGAUUCAAGACGAAUGUAUCCUAUUCUUAAGGCUGUUUCAUUCCCUCUUUCAUUAGCUGCUAGUCAAUAUAGGAGAACUAGAUCCACAUUACAUCCGAUGGGUGUAUCGAUCUCAGAGAAAGCUAUUAGACAUUGGUUUGAUAGUACUAAUACUGCUUAUCAUCCUACUGAGUAUUUCGAAAGUCCUUCGUUUCGUACUUCACUUUGUCCACGUUGUGAAUCUGCUAUCGAAUCUCGUUUCACUAAUCGUAAUCAUACCGGAUGGGCCGAAAGUUAUUCAUGUCGUCUUAAGUGUGAAGGAUGUAGAUGGCAGGGUACGAAAGCAGAUCUAGCGGUUCAUAAAUUACUUCGAGAUAUUUAUUCUCUCUCUUUACCACCAUUGGCCGAGUUUGAUUCUAUGGGGGGGACUUUGAGUACUAGCAGGAAAUUGGAAGAUGUUGAACAUGCUGGGACAUUCAAUCGAUUGGUUACUCGUUGUUUCGCUUCGGUGUCUAAUACUGAUGUUGAACAACGUUUAUCUGCUACACAAGCUGCAGUUCAGACAAUGAAGGUUUUAACAGCUGUUCCUAAGAUAUCAAAGACUGAAGGUGUGAAUCGAAUGCUGAGUGCUUAUAGUGUUCCGGAGCCAUUUUCACUUGAUUUGAUCACAUUUAUGAAACGACAAGAAAGCUUCAGAAAUGCAAUUGUAAGCUUAGGUUGGAAUAAAGCUGCUGGUGGUCGUGAUAUUGAAGCUUCAAGUCGAAAGAAUUUCUCGGGUUUGGCUAUUAAUCGGGCUUGCUCAAGAUAUCAAGCGUUCGUAGAACUUUUAAAGGUUAGAGAUAAUACUUCAAUCGAUACUUGUAUACCUACAUGGGAUAUAGAUUUGGCUUGGAGGACUCAUCAAUUGAAGGGUCUUAGUUAUAGUGAUGCAAUGUUUGGACAUCUUGGAAAGCAUACACUCACGGCUUUAUUCGAAUCCACCUCUAAAGCUUGGGAGAAACUUUACGGUGUCAGUUACUCGCAAUACCCAGCCCCCGAAAUUGUCUUCGAUAAACCUGAACCGUUACUCAAAAACAGACUUAACCUUUCGGCUCGUGCACCUUCUCCACCACCCGUCUAUGUACCAGAUAGCGACAGGGAGGAUGGAUCGGUGGUCGCCCCUCCACAAACGGUUCGCUUUAUGAUCGAUGGGUCUCGACCUUCGAUGACCGGCAGUCAAACAUCGAACCCACCAUAUGAGCAUGAACGACAAUCAAGUAUAGGAUCUAAUGGUUCAAACUAUUCGAAUUAUACAAGACCUUAUGAUCCAAAUACCAAGAGUCAAGCCGCGCAAGAGAUCAUUGCUAAAUCUAUCUCUGCGACACAUAACAUAAAGUCGUCUAUGCCAGAUCGUGUGGUCGAGAAUGUAACCAAUCUAUCGAUCGUUUCUGAAUCAGCUUCAAGUAAAAUUUCUAAUUCAACGAUAGUUUCAAAAACUGAAAGUGCAAGACAGAUUAGAUUUGAAGAUGAUGAGUCUCCUCGAAGACCAUCACACAAAUCAAAGACUUCAAGUCAUUCAGCGAUCGUUCCAAUCAUUUUGAAGUCAAGUGCUUCUAAUCCAUCAAAGAAUGAAAAUCUUAGUCUCUCUUCACCUGAUCCAAUCAAUCCAAGUUCUUCAAAUAAAGACAAUGAUCAAGGUCUUUUGCCCCUUCGAUCUAAAAGUACUAGACGACAAACACCUUCGCCAAGAGCUACGAUGAUUAUCACGAACGUCGAAUCAGCUGGUGAAGAAGAAGUGGCAAGAAGUGUAUCUGAUGAUCAAGAUGAUCCAAAAGGAUUAGAAGAUGAAGACUUGGGAGUAGUAGUCUCUAGACCUCAAGUAGUCUCUAGAACUCAAGCUUGUAAAAUCGAUUUAUCACAACAUUUUCCAAGAAGACUUAGAGUUAGAACUGCAAGUUUACCAUUAUUAAAUUCAGCGUCUGCUAAUGAUUUACAAAUUGGAUUAUUUGAUGCAAGUUUAUCGGCUAAGAUUCCAGAAAUCUUAGCAUCAAAGGGUGAAAACCAAAAUCAAGAAAGGUCUUUUAUGUCAGAUCCAGGAAAAUCAAAUGAAAAAUCUAAAGAAAGACCUAAUUCGAUCUCAUUGAUCACAUCAAAUGAAACAGAAGAAAUCUUACCAAUCUUACUUGAAUUAGAAUCAUCAAAGAUGGUAAAAGAAGAAGUUGAAAAGAUGUAUAUGAAAGCUAUGAAUGAAUUAGCAGAAGCUAAAUUAAAGAAUCUUAAAUUACAAUCAGCCUUGAAUGAAUUAAACAAAGCACAUCAAUCUACUCAAACUAAAUUACAAGAAGCUGUUUCUAAAUUACAAGGACCUCAUACGAAAACCUCUUUGAAUGAAUCGACGACUUCUACUAAUCAAGGAUCGGUUUCUCAAUCUUCUGUUCAAAAUGAACAUCAAUCUAGUACACCAAUCAAACAAACCAAAUCGGUUUCGGGAUCAAAACAAAGUUUACAAAGUACUAAUAGUAACAUCGAAGCAAAUGGGGUGAAUGGCAUCAAUAAAGUACCUAAGAAAAAACCAUCAGUUAGAUUUGAUGAAUCACCACCACGUAUAGAUGAUUCAAUACCUUCAAAUCAAUCAAUACCUACUUCAUCUUCUUCUCUUACUAGACGAGAUAUUUCUAGAAGAGAUACAGUAAAAAGACAAAUCUCAGACCCAUUUUCAAAAGUUUUAAAGAAUAAAGAAAUAGCCAAAAGGAUUUUAAAGAAUCAUACGACUGGUACAACUAAUUCGUUUGGAAACAAAGAAGAAGAAAGGUUUGAAAAUAAAGAGAAUACUAAAGAAGGAAAACUUGAAAGUAAAGGGAAAUCGAAUGUGGUUGGGAUUUUAAAUGAACAAGAAAAUGGAAAACUUGAAAAUCAUUCUGUAAAGAAGAUUGAAAAAGAAAAUGAUGAUGAUGAUCGUGAUGGUGGUGGUGUGGAUGGUGGUGGUAUUGAAGAUUUAAAUAAUCAUUCGGAAGGUGAUUCUGAUAUUGAUCCUACAAGAUUGAUGACUAUUCCGAUUGGAAAGAUUGGAUUUGUUGAAGGUGAUGAAAUUAGAUUAUUAGGAGCUGGUCAUUGUGUUAAUAGUUUGGAGAAUUGA